CAGUUGUUACGUUGUCCCUCUCCUCUCUACCUUCCGGUUUCUUUCCUUCCUUCCACCCUCCGCUAUUUCGAGGCCUUCGUCCAAAUACAAACAGGGAACUCCCACAACCCAAUUUUUUCUCCAAAUUUCGAGGCCCAUUACAUUGGUAGAGAGAUUUUUCCGUUCCUGCGUUGGCCGCGGAAGAUUCCGACCAUAAAGAGAGAUCCGUGGAGGAGGCGGAGAUUGACGAAGAGAUCCCAUUUUCGCCGGCUGUCUCCUCCUCUUGCCUCUUGCCGCUCAGCAUGCCUUCUCUAGACUCCGACUUGGCCUUUACCGGCGCAAUUUAAGGUCCAUUUCAAUUCUUCUAUCGGAAAAAAGAAGAGAUCCAGAGAAGAGGAUGCUAGGGAGGACGAAGAGCCCGGUUCCAGCGGCGGCGGCGGCGGCGAACGCAUUCAUCCCCAUGAGAACCUUCACGGCGGCCGCUGUGGUGGUGGACGAGGCGUACCCCUGGGAGUUCCGGCCCGGCGGGAUGCUGGUCCAGAAGAGGGACCCCGACUCCGCUUCCGCCGCCGCCGCCGCCGCCGCCCCCGCUUCCACCAUCCGCGUCCGCGUCAAGUACGGCGCCGCCUACCACGAGAUCUAUCUCAGCUCCCAAUCCACCUUCGGGGAGCUAAAGAAGCUGCUGUCGGAGAGGACUGGAUUGCAUCCACAAGACCAAAAGGUGAUGUACAAGGACAAGGAGAGGGAUUCCAGCGCCUACCUCGACAUCUCCGGCGUGAAAGACGGGUCCAAGUUGGUGGUCGUGGACGACCCCGCCCGCCGGGCCAAGCGCUUGCUGGAGAUGCGCCACCAGGCCAAGAUAGACAAGGCCUCCAAGUCCAUGUCCCAGAUCACCCUCGAAGUCGACAAGCUCACCUCUCAGGUAUCCGAGCUGGAGGUGAUCAUAACCAAAGGUGGAAAGGUUGCUGAGAAAGAUGUGCUCGAUCUUAUCGAGCUGCUGAUGAUACAGCUGGUCAAGCUUGAUGGCAUCAUCGCCGAUGGGGAAUUGAAGCACCAGAAGAGAAUGCAGGAGAGGAGAGUGCAGAAAUAUGUGGAGAAACUGGAUGUGCUCAAGGCGAAGAAUGCCAUGCUCAAGACGACCAAGUCGGUGGUGACCACCAAGUGGGAGACUUUCGAUUCUGGGUUCCUGCCAACCACCCCGGCGGCAGCCACUUCAAACGCACCACCCGUCCCCACCCCAAGGUUCGAUUGGGAGUUGUUUUAGAGUACAGACAGGGAAAUGGUUAGCGUAAAGUUUUCUAGUGGGAUGGUCGUGGCCGCCCUGCCUUCCAUCAGGUGGAUGGAUGGGCGUCCGCUAUAUAUGAUUGAGUUUGAUUGGUCCACUUCUCUCGUAUUUCUUUUGGUUCUCUUUUUUUUUUUUUUUAGCCAAGCUGCUGCUCUUCGUCUUUUUAUGUGUGUAUAUCUGGAUUUUGGAGGGAGAGGUCUGGUCUACAAGACUCCUCUCAUUAAAGUUGGUCCACAUGAGAAAUAAGAAAUGGAUUUAUGGUGGUGGAGGUUUAUUCC